GUCCCCCCUCGCCCCCGGGCGACGCCGGGGCGCGGUGCAGCUGCAGGGACAGGAAGGUCACUCCCGCCGGGCUCGGCAGCGGCCACUUCCAGCCGUCGUCCGUCCCCCGGGCGGGGAACGAGGAGCGCCCCGCCGGAGGGCAGCUGACCCCCGACCGGCUGCUCCGGGAGCGCCGCUCUGCCCUGCUCCGUCGGGGCUGGAGCUGCCGCGGCCGCCCGGGCUCCGGCUGUCAGCGGUCGCGGCGGCUCCGGGCCGGAUCCUGCUGCCGCCGCCGCUCCGGCUGCUCGUCCGCAGCCCGGCUGCUCUCCGGGGAAGGGGGGAAGAGCAGCUUUCCGAGCCCGGGGUGCGUCGUGGGUGCAGCAGCCUGGGGCAGCUCCUUCCACCCCGGGGGUGCUGGGCGUCAGCGCCGGUCCCACGGAGCCGGCUGAGGUCACCGGGCGGCGGGGCUGGCAGGCGGCCGACAGCCCAGCCCGCAGCAGCGUCGAGCCCUGGGCAGGGCCGCGGAGGUGGCUGGGCGGGUUGGGCGCGGGCGCUCGGGGCGCCGGCCGCGCCGAGACGGUGUUUGGGUGCUGUGAUCCGGGCCGGGGGGAGGCAGCCAGUCCUGUACUGGGGUGCAGGCAUGGGGCACCCAGCAGAGCUGGGCUGAUGCGGGGCUGCAGGCCCGUGAUGUGGCUGUGCUAAGCGGCUGGCUUGCUCCUAGCACCGACGGGUCCGGCUACUUCUGGUGAGGGCGAGCUGUCCCGGGUGUGGCGAUGUCGGAGGCGGUGGAUCUGUCCUUCUUGUCGGAUGUGGAGAGGGAUUUGAUCCUGCAGGUCCUGCAGCGCGACGAGGAGCUCCGCAAAGCAGAGGAGAGGAGAAUCAGGCGCCUGAAGAACGAGCUGCUGGAGAUCCGGCGCAAGGGAGCCAAGCGGGGCAGCCAGCGCUACAGCGAGCGGACGUGUGCCCGCUGCCAGCAGAGCCUGGGCCGUGUCAGCCCCAAGGCCAAUACUUGCCGGGGCUGCAACCACUUGGUGUGUCGGGACUGCCGUUCCUACAGCCCCAACAGCUCCUGGCGCUGCAAAGUCUGCACCAAGGAGGCUGAGCUGAAGAAGACGACGGGUGACUGGUUCUAUGACCAGAGGGUCAACCGCUUCGCCAACCGGCUGGGCAGUGACAUGGUGCGGCUGUCCCUGCGGCACAGGUCGGCAGCCAGCAAAAGAGAGACCGUGGGACAAACUCUCCUCCAGAAAGCCCAGCUCGGCGAGCCCAAAAGCACCUCCUCAGCCCAGCAGCAGAGCCCCCCAGCACCCCGGGAGGGGCCCAGUUUGUUUCCGGAUACCUCAGACCCUCGGGAUGGCAAAAGCGACACAGAGUCCAUGGAAAACAUGAGCCUGGAUGGCUACAGACCUAGUCCUGGUGGUGUGGGGAGCAGGAGUAACACCCUGGAAAAAGCUGCUCCUCUCAGAGACAGAAAACCGGUUGCUGCACCAGCAGGACCUCCUGCCUCCAGCCUGACCCUCCCUCUCCGCUCCAAAAACCCGCUCCCUGACGGACGGGAUGCUGUCAUGGAGAGCCGCAGCAGUGCCUUGGUGGACGAGCAUGAAACGAUAUUCAAGAAGAACCCCCGGCGGGUGGUGAGGCCUGCGGACUACACCAAGUCGGUGAUCGACCUGCGCCCAGAGGACUUUGUGGGGGAAGGCAGCUGUUUGGGGGACAGGAGCAAGUCAGUCCCCGGCCUCAACACGGAGCUGGAGGAGGAGGAGGAGGACAUCGAUAACCUGGUGGAGAUCCAUCGCCAGAGGGUGGCCCGGGGCAGCAUGCGCAGUGGCACCUCCUCAAGCACGCUGGGGAGCAUGGUCAGCAUUUACAGCGAGGCUGGCGAUUUUGGCAAUGUUGCGGUCACCGGGGGAAUAUCCUUCUCCCUGAGCUAUGAGCAGAAGACGCAGACCUUGUUCAUUCACGUGAAGGAGUGUCGCCAGCUGGCCUACGGGGAUGAGGGCAAGAAGCGCUCCAACCCGUACGUGAAGACCUACCUUCUGCCUGACAAAUCCCGGCAAGGGAAACGCAAGACCACUAUCAAACGCAACACCAUCAACCCCCUGUACAAUGAGCUGCUGAAGUACGAGAUUAACAAGUCCCUCCUGCUUGCGAGGACGCUGCAGUUCUCGGUCUGGCACCACGAUCGCUUUGGCCGAAACACCUUCCUGGGGGAGGUGGAGGUCCCGCUGGACGCCUGGAACUUCGAGAGUCACCUGGAGGAGUUUCUGCCCCUGCAUGGCAAGAUUGGGGUGGAUGCUGCUGGUCUCCACCAGUACAAGGGGGAGCUGGUCGUCUCCAUGAAGUACAUCCCAUCUUCCAAGCACCCUGGGGCUGGGAAUGGCAGGAAGGGCAAAGCAGGGGAAGGUGGUGAGCUCCAGGUCUGGAUCAAAGAAGCCAAGAACCUUACGGCUGCCAAAUCUGGGGGGACAUCAGACAGCUUUGUCAAGGGCUACCUCCUGCCACACAAAAACAAAGCCUCCAAGAGGAAGACUCCUGUGGUGAAGAAGACCCUGAACCCUCAUUACAACCACACCUUUGUCUACAACGGCAUCAACCCCGAGGACCUGCAGCACAUCUGCCUGGAGCUGACAGUCUGGGACCGGGAGCCACUGUCCAGCAAUGACUUCCUCGGGGGUGUCCGUCUAGGGGUGGGCAACGGCAUGAGCAACGGGCAGGCUGUGGACUGGAUGGACUCCACGGGCGAGGAGCUGAACCUGUGGCAGAAGAUGUGCCAGUACCCAGGCUCGUGGGCAGAGGGGACGCUCCAGCUCCGCUCCACCAUGGCCAAGCUGAGGCCGUAGGCUGCGGCACCGGGACUCGGCCGAGGGCUGGCACUGCUGCUCGGGAGCCGUGCUCAGUGCAUGGCCCAGCAGGGCUGCCAAACGCCGUUGGUUUUUUUGCUUAUACUUUCAUAAACAUGACUUUCAUAAACACUUCUCUAAACCGG